AUGGCGAAGGAGUUCGUCUCUGAGCCAUCUUCAUCUUCCGGCCGUUUCGACCUGAGGAGGUCUCUGAGGGCUGCCAGGGCUCGUCCUUGGUUGGUCAACAGCGUCCUUCGUGGACGGUCAACGGCCGCUGGGGUCAAGGGCGUUGAGGAUGCCCCUUCAUCGUCCGCGACCACCACUGUGAUAAUUGUCUCCGACUCUGCGCUGGCCGCUACUGUCUCGUGUGAUGCGGAGAAGCAAUCCUUGCACAACACCACCGCUGAGGCGAAGGCUGCGACUUCUGUCAACGCUGGAUCCAAGGCAAAGGUCAUGGGAUCUCGGAUUCCCGGACCGGUCACACCGGUCCUUCAUGGCACGUUGUCGUCUCGGCUUUGUGGAUCCACCACACUCGACAAGGAAGGCGAUUUGAGAAAGGACAGGACAACCGCCACGUCUCUCACCAUCACAGGGGGGACAGCCUCGGCGUCACGGCUCCCGGUUCGCAACAAGGCUUCGCACGUUGGGCGACGGCCGGCUCUUGAGCAGGUACGACACAGCAAGCACCUUGUUGCUCACGCCAGGAACCAGGUGGACAAAGAGGCCGGCAACAACAAAGGGAUUGGGGGAUCUGGCGGCUGCCGCCAACUUGUUCGACGACUGGAAGCGAUGUCGAUCCAGAGUUGCAUAAACCCGGAGCCAAUCAGGAGUCAUCGAGGUGACCGCCUGGUCAAAUCGAUCCUGAAGCAUCGUGUUGAGCCCUUUGAGGAGACUGAGCGGACUGCACCGACUUCUGCCGGCCAGGGAGUGACAUCUGAUAAUCCGGCUCAGAAGAAGAGUGUGACAUUUGCCCCGUCGCCGUUAAUCACACCGGCCCGUUGUUGGCCCAAGCACAUCGUCCCGGAGUGGCGAUGUCAUCAGUGUGGUAGCUGUGGGCAUUUGCCGUGGUGUCGUGAGCUGGUGGGCGCGAAGCUAGGGCUGCAGACUUCUGAUGUCUGGCUGAAAGAUCAACAGAUCCGAGGCUACGACUACUUGAGGCAUUCGGGAGGCUAUCUCAGCAAGUACGGUUCUCAUGCUCCCACGGAACUAUGGAGUUUUUGA